UUCCUCAACAUUUCUAUAUCAUAUCCUAUAUACACAGAUCAAACUUCCACCACAAAGUAGUGAAAACAGUGUGAGAAAAAAAAGAACAAAUUUUCAAUGGCAUCGGGGCAACAUCAGGAUCGGGCUGAGGCAGCUUCGAAAAUUGCUGCCAACGAGCUUGAACAAGCCAACAGAGAGAGAGUGCGUGAUGUUGUGGGUGUUGUGGAUGAUGUCAGUGUUGUGGAUAAGCAACACGAUCAAGAUCAAGAAAAGCGUGGUGUGAUAGGGUCCAUGUUAAGGGCGGUGCAAGAGGCAGUGGCUGGGAAGAAAGAAUCAGUUCCUGCGAAAGCACACACCACAGAGGUGAUUCAUGAUGUUAAUUUCCAACCCGAUGACGUGACUGCUGGGGAAGUGAGAGACAUAUCAGUAGCCAAGAAUCCUGGGAUCUACGAUUCUUCAGCCACGGACGAAACCGGUUCCAAGGUUGGUGAAUACGCAGAUUAUGCUGCCCAGAAGGCGAAGGAAACAAAGGAUGCAGCAAUGGAAAAAGCUGGUGAGUACACAGAUUAUGCUUCUCAGAAGGCGAAGGAAGCGAAGGACAAGACUAUGGAGAAGGGUGGGGAGUAUAAGGAUUACGCUGCUGAGAAGGCUAAGGAAGGAAAAGAUGCUACCCUGAAUAAGAUGGGAGAGUACAAGGACUACACUGCGGAGAAGACGAAAGAAGGGAAAGACAGUGCUAUGGAGAAGCUUGGGGAGCUGAAGGAUUCUGCUGCGGAUGCUGCUAAGAGGGCUGCGGAAUACUUGAGCGGCAAGAAAGAGGAAACCAAAGAGAAGGUAUCGGAAUCUGCCGAGGUCGCAAAGAACAAGGCUGCGGCGACGGCAGAGACGGCCAAGAACAAGGCUGCCGAGACUGCUGAUGCAGCGAUUAACAAGACUGCUGAGACGGCUGAGGCAGCUAAGAACAAGGGUAGGGAGAUGAAGGACAAGGCUGCAGAAACUGCGGAGGCAGCAAAGAACAAGGCUGCAGAAACUGCGGAGGCAGCAAAGAACAAGGCUGCAGAAACUGCGGAGGCAGCAAAGAACAAGGCUGCAGAAACUGCGGAGGCAGCAAAGAACAAAACUGCUGAAACGACUGAGGCAGCAAAGAACAAGGGGAGGGAGAUGAAGGACAAGGCUGCAGAAACUACUGAGGCAGCGAAGAACAAGACUGCUGAAACUAAUGAGGCAGCGAAGAAUAAGGCUGUGGAGAUGAAAGACAAGGCUGCACAAAAUGCAGAGGCAGCAAAGAACAAGACUUCAGAAGCAACUGAUGCUGCGAGGUAUAAGGCUAUGGAGAUGAAGGACAAGGCUGCGGACAGGGCUGCGGAUACCACACAGGCAGUAAAACAGAAAACUGCACAGGCUUGGGACAGAACCAACAAGGAGAAUGUGAGAGGCGUAGAUGAAGAUGCAAGGAGGAAAAUGGAGGAGCUAAGGCUACAAGAUAAAGGGUUCAAAGAUUUAUCUGAGGGGCGUGGAGAUAAUAAGAAGGUGGUGAUGAAAGUGGAAGAGAGUCGACCAGGGGCAAUGGCGGAUACACUGAAAGCGGCGGAUCAGAUGGCGGGGCAGACCUUCAACGAUGUGGGACGCUUCGAUGAAGACGGGGUCGUGAGAAAGAAAUGAUGCGAUACUUACUAUAUAUAGCAUCACUGUUUAGUGUAUUUGGAGUAUAUGUUAUGUUAUAAAAGUUGUUUGUUUAAAUUGUGGUUUUCUUUCAAAAUAUGUGUAUGGUUUUGAAUAUUGGUUCUGUAUAGGUUCAUGUAGUGACCAUGGAACCAUUAUUACAUCAAUAAACAUUGUUCACUUUCUUUGUAUAA